AUGAACAGUGAAAUUUAUGGUGGCGAAACACUGUUAGGAUUGUUUAGUCCACCAACAGCUGGUCAGUUAUUACCAAAUUUAUUAUUAUCACCAAAUGAAUCAUCCAACUCAUCAAUUGAUGUUCAUAAAUUGGCUAUGUCAUUAAAUUCAAAUUCUACACAGGGAAUUUCUAAUAUGAACAAAAUUAAUAAUAACAUUUUGCAACCUUUACAACAACAACAAACACAAAGACAAAAUCCUUAUGAACAUCAAGAAUAUUUUUCACUAAGAAAUUCGUUAAUAGGUUCAUCAGUUACAUCAAUUACAACUGCAGCACCUGGAACAGUGACACCACCAACAACAGUGAUGAUAAAUGGUAUGCCUCAAGUAUCGAAUUCCCUGGAACAUUAUUCACGAUUUCUUAAUUCUCGUGUCAAUUCUACUAAUGUUAAUAUCAGUGAUGGUGGCAGUAAUUGUCCUUAUAAUAAUGAUAUAGAUGAAAAUGGAUUAGAUAUGAAACAGAAUAUUGAAAAGAUUAAAAGUCAUCCAUUAUUCCCCUUACUUGCUUUAAUAUUUGAAAAAUGUGAAUUAGCCACAUGUAUACCAAGAGAUGAGAAUUCAAAUAGUUCAGUUGAUGUUUGUUCAUCUGAUUCAUUUCAAGAAGAUAUAAGUAUGUUCACGAAAGAAAUGGCUUCUUCAAAUCGAUCAAUGUUUACUUCUGAACAAGAAUUAAAUUUAUUAAUUAUUCAAGCGAUUCAUGUGCUUCGGUUUCAUUUACUGGAAAUUGAGAAGGUUCAUGAAUUAUGCGAUAGUUUUUGUUCACGUUACAUUACAUGUUUAAAAGGUAAAAUGCCAUUGGAUUUAGUCUGUGAAGAUAGAGAAUCUGCAGCUGAUUCUACAGGUUCAGCGACAAGUCCAUUUUUAAAUCGUUCAUCUUCACCAAAUUUAUUUACUGAUCAAAAUGAAUCGUUAAUAAAUAGUCAACAGAACAAUUCUAAUUUGUAUAGUAAUAAUAAUAAUGGCUCUGUGCAAAAUGGAUCAUUAUCACUUUCAAAUCAUCCUCUUCAGUCAUCAUCAUCUGCGUCGCUUACGCCAAAUUCAAUUCCUCAUCUACAAGAAUCUUGUUUAUUUAAUUCGGAUUCAUUAAACAUUAUGCAAACAUUCAAUCGUACUAAUAACAAUAAUAAUAGUGUAUCAACUGUGGAAAAUUUUAAAACUAUUCUGUCUAAUGAAUUUGAACAUAAUCAAAUUAUUAAUUCUAAAAAUAUUGGUAUUACUGCAGAUUCGUCCAAAUUAAACUUUGGUUUAAAUGGAUCCAUGUCAUCAUCAUCCACAUCAUCAAUGGGUUCAACUUCACCUAAUGCACAAGUGUCAUCUGUGAGUCGCAACCAAACGGGAUUAAGUGGAUUAUCUAAUGCCACGUCUACUGCAGUUAUCCCAACUUCCAUAACUGCUGAAGCAGUUACUAUAACUGGCAUUCCCACUGCAACCGAUUCAAGCGAAAGCAGUUCAAUAGAAUCAUAUUCUGAUUCACAAGUUAAUUCUCAUUCAAAUUUAGCUCAAGUUUAUAUGAACCAGUCUAACUUUUACAACAUAAAUUCUCAUGAUGGAAAUAACACAUGCUCAACUAUUAUUAACAAUACUAAUACUACUUCCACUACAACCACUUCUAUGAGUAGUAAAAUCCAUACAAAUGAUAUUGACAGUGAUAGUGCUGUAAUUAAUGAAGAUUCUGAUAAAUCAGUGAAUUUCACACAAAUCGAUAACAUUCCUUUGAAUAGUAUGUUACCAAAUAUGAAUGACACUCUAAACUAUACAGAAUCAUUAAACAAUCACAAUAUUAAUAGUAAUCAUACAAAUAGGAAUUAUGAAUAUUCUAAUCCUUGUGGAUUUUAUUCAAAUUUUUUCUUAAAUCCAAAUAAUAAUAUACAUUCUGAUGAUAUAAUUAGUAAUUGUUCUACAUCUUCGACAAAGAUGAAUUCAGCGAAUUCUAAGGAUAACUGUAAUGAUUCCAAUUCCGUACAUUCUAUGCCAAAUUGUUCAUCAUCAACAAUGAAUCCUACAAUUCAACCGCCUAAUUUUAUUUAUCCUUAUAUCGAUGUUUCUGAUGAUGUACAGUCACGUUCACAUGAAACAACUCAUCUACAACAUGAAACUAAUCAAUUAGAGCAUAGUCCAAACUCAAUACCAUAUUUACAACAUGGAUUACAUUCUCAUUAUCCAGUACUUUCUAAUAGUUCGUCAAUUUCAGUAGCAUCCACAUCGCCAUCAUCAUCAUUAUCUACAUCAUCAUUACAAUAUCACAAUCUUUAUCAAUUACAACAUUUUCCAUCAAAUCAUACACCUUCAUCUUUAUUACAUAAUUCACAAUAUAGAGGAUAUCGUACUAAUUGUAUACCACCAAGACCAGCAUCAAGAAUUCGACAUACAAAAGCAUCUUCACUGAAUGGUUCAACCCGUAGUGAUAGUUCAUUAAAUGAUGAUAUACAAGCAGAUAGAAUUGGGAUUAAAUCAAAUGAAUUAGGAGUAGAUGAAACUGGAUCACAAAAAGAUGUUAUGGAAGAAUUAGACUCGGAAACUAGAAAUGAUUUAAAAAGGCAGAAAAAGCGUGGAAUAUUUCCAAAAGUUGCUACAAAUAUCAUGAGAGCAUGGCUUUUUCAACAUUUAACACAUCCAUAUCCAUCAGAAGAACAGAAGAAACAAUUAGCUCAAGAUACAGGAUUAACUAUUUUACAAGUAAAUAAUUGGUUUAUUAAUGCACGUCGAAGAAUUGUACAACCUAUGAUUGACCAGUCUAAUAGAGCAGGACCACAUGGUUAUUCACUCAGUGACAAUAUGCCCCCAUGUAUAGACUAUAUGGAAGGUGGUCCACCGUAUUCAGCUUAUACCAGAGCAGCUCAAGCUGCAGCCGCUGCAGUAGCUGGAUUCUCAAAUCAUCCUACAUCAAAUGAUGUUUAUUUAGCCGCUGCUGCCGCAGCCGCUGCAGCUUCUGUUGGUUUUGGCAAUAGUUCCAUGUUAAACAACUCAUCAAGUCAAGAUAAUUCGAUUCGAUUCCCUACUAAUAAUAGUCGUAGUGACCAAUGCGUUGGUGAUAUUUCACCAAAGACUAAUGGAAUAGAUUCACUUGUUAUGCCAACAGAUUAUACGCUACCAGAUCGUGUUAGUAUUGUAAAUAAUCGUUUGCCCCAUAAUUCAGUAUAUUCAGAUGACAUAAAUGAAAUUCCUUCGAAUUUAUCUUCUUCAUCAUCCAUGUGUAAUAUACUAACAAAUAAUCCAUUUAAUAGCUCUGGUGUAGAUUAUACAACAGUAAAUAGUGCAUACAAUAAUAGUAAUACUACCCAUCAUCAUCAUCAGCAGCAGCAGCAAAAUAAUCCUCGUUAUUCCACUGUUAUGCCAUGUUCUAACUCUUUUGACACAUCAAAUGGAUAUUCAUUAAAUCAUCUUUCAUAUCAUAAUUAUGGUUCCAAUAGUUUUGAUGCAAUGUCCACAUUAUCGACAAAUUAUAAUACUAAUCUUAUAUCAUCGCAUUAUAAUACCACACCAACAACCACAUAUUCACCUAAAAAUUAUCGUAUCAAUGAUACAGACAGUAACAGUUUUAUAAACUCUGAAGAUAUUUUAACGACUACUAAUAGUUCAGUUAUUCAUAAUAGUAGUAUGUCAGAUGAUACAAUUUUAGGCAUAAAUACUGUUACUACACCAUCACCAUCAAUGACAACAUGUAAAAAUAACGAUAUAGUUGAAAAUGAUGGGAUUAACAUUCAACUUGUUUAG